AUGCUUCACUACCUCGAAAUCGCUGAAGGGCUAGGGACUUACGGUGUGGAGUUCUUUGAGAUCUGCAAUCGACGCGGUACGGAUCUUCUCCUUGGCAUUGAUGCUAUGGGUCUGGCCGUCUACAAACCCCCGGACAAAAUAACUCCAAAGGUGGGUUUUCCAUGGUCAGAGAUCCGUAAUAUCGCCUUCAACGACCGCAAGUUCACAAUCAAACCAAUUGACAAGAAGAGUUCUGACCUCGUCUUCCUAACCAAGAAUCUCAGAUCGAACAAGAAGAUUCUAGCGCUAUGCAUAGGUAACAACGAGCUCUAUGUGCGACGCCGUCAACCCGUUCCUAUUGAGAUCCAACAAAUGCGUUCUCAAGCUCUCGAAGAGAAUGCUUUUCGUGAGUUGGAGAGGUGA